AUGCUCCAACGGUUCCUCCCCUUUAACCCUUUCAGGGACAGUAAACUAUCUCACUCUGAGAAGGUGCAUAUUGGAGGUACCCCUGCUAUGGCCACUAUGGAGAUCCUUGAACCCACAGAAAAGGAUAAGGGUCUGUACCACAUCCAGAUAAUAGAUACGGAGAAUACCUACACUCGCACUAUUGACCUUUCUGGAGAUGGUAAGUCAGAUGACAUCUGAUAUUCAGUAUGUAUGCUGUUGUACUUGUACUUUAACAACCUACUUCUCCUUCAGUCUUGCAAAUAGCAUAAUAUAUGAAUGCACAGAGUGAUAUUAGCACAUUCAGCAUGUAUGAACCUCAAUGACAAUACCAGGAUAAUGGUAACCUGGAAAUGAUAAACCUGAUAAAUGGAGUUAUUUAAAAAAUAUAUAUGCAUUGGAAUUCCCAGCCAAUUUCCAGUUGUCUUCAUUAUGUGUACAUAACAUCUUAUUAUGUGUACAUAACAUCUCAGUAUGUGUACAUAACAUCUUAGUAUGUGUACAUAACAUCUUAGUAUGUGUACAUAACAUCUUAGUAUGUGUACAUAACAUCUUAGUAUGUGUGCAUAACAUCUGAAUGUAGAAAAAGCAGAGGUUACCAUUACCAUUUCUCUGGCAGUAUAUCAAUGAGGUGGAGUCUUCAGUUGGGCCACAGUGAUGAGAUCACUGCACAUCUUUAUUUUAAAUGACCAACUACUAAACACUGUUGCCCACUCGACUGUUGUCCUGCCACAGUCUUAGACUAACCCAUGCAGUGCCCAGUCACACACUGUUGUUUUGCAGAUUUCUACAUUUAUAAUUAAAAGGGCAUCUCUGCAGCUGGGUACACGGAAGCAAGCUGCAUAUUUAGGCAAAUCCGGGGAUGAAAUAACAGGAACAACAAUAUCAAAGGUGCAAUCCUGGCUCAUACUUCAGUUAGUCAACAGACUGUUUGAUGACAAACAUAAUCAAGGGCUGGUCCCUGACAGGUCAUGCGAUUUGUGGGCUGGAACAGUAAUGAGUGAGCGAGGAUGAACUAUUUCAGGCAAAACAGAACAACAUUACAAUAUUGGGGUACGAUGUGUCUCCAAGACAAGUAGCAGUAGUACAUUAUCUUGUUAUUAUUUGACCCUGCUGGUCAUCUAUAAACAUUUGAACAUCUUGGAGAAAAAUCUGGCUUCAAUGGCCAUGUACUGUUAUAAUCUCCACCCGGCACAGCCAGAAGGGGACUGGCCACCCCUCAGAGCCUGGUUCCUCUCUAGGUUUCUUCCUAGGUUUCUGCCUUUCUAGGGAGUUUUUCCUAGCCACCGUGCUUCUACAUCUGCAUUGCUUGCUGUUUGGGGUAUUAGGCUGGGUUUCUGUAUAGCACUUUGUGACAUCUGCUGAUGUAAAAAGGGCUUUAUAAAUACAUUUGAUUGAUUGAUUGAAGUACGGCAACAAAAAUAAAGAAAGUAGGUUAUUCCAUCUACAGUACACUUCAAAAUCGGUUUUGUAUGGUGUAACAUUAAUGAAACAUUAUGAAAAGCCCAAAUGUUCUUUCUCAUUCACAGCCUACGAUAAAGCCUUGGCGGAAUUCACGACACUAAAGUAAGAUAAUCACGUCAUAAUUCUGUUCAGUGUUCAUUUCAUGCACAUGUAUGUAGGGCAUCAAUACUGUAUAAAUGUCACGUUCCUACAGCUAAAACGCAGCUCGGAUUCCUACAUAGUGUUAAGUUUAACGUAUUUGGCAAUGCAGAGCAUGUGUACGGAGUCACAGUCUUGGGGUGAAAUAUAACAAGCCUCACUGUGCUAAUGAACUCACUAACAAUGCCAUUCUUCUAUUGUUUUCCAGAGAGGAAGCAUAUGCUGAAGCCAGUGAGUAUAUUCUCUUGGCAUAAUGCUAGAUCGUGGCUCUGUGGGAAAUCUUUUGAUUCAGACAAUUUUGUGAUUAUAUGAGAUAUCUAUUUUUAGACCGUGGCAAAGUGCUGGGCGGUCUGCCUGAUGCUGUUACCAUCAUGGAGAAGAAGGUAAUUUACAUUUUAUUUAGCGAUUGAAUGCAAUUAUGGGAAUAUAUUUAACACUAGAACAGGUAACCAGAAAUGAUUUAACACAUUGGGAAGGUCAGCGUGUCAACUAUCAUAACCAGAUGGAUGCAAUUGAUGUCAAAGCUGCCAAUUUCCAUUCAAUCUGGAGCGCCUUCUGAUUGAGUCCACUGUAGCCUACAGUUGCACUAUACACCACAAUCACCCAUAGGGCGAAGAUUGUGUAGAUAUAUUGCAUUUUACAGCACCUCAUGUCUGGUUUCACACAACAUAUUAAAUAUUGUGGGGAAAGCAUAAACUGGGGUCCUUAUGAAACAAAUACAGUGUGAUAUACAGUUGAAGUCUGAAGUUUAUAUACACCUUAGCCAAAUACAUUUAAACUCAGUUUUUCCACAAUUCCUGACAUUUAAUCCUAGUAAAAAUUCCCUGUCUUAGGUCAGUUAGGAUCACCACUUUAUUUUAAAAAUGUGAAAUGUCAGAAUAAUAGUAGAGCGAAUGAUUUAUUUCAGCUUUUAUUUCUUUCAUCACAUUCCCAGUGGGUCAGAAGUUUACAUACACUCAAUUAGUAUUUGGUAGCAUUGCCUUUAAAUUAUUUAACUUGGGUCAAAUGUUUUGGGUAGCCUUCCACAAGCUUCCCACAAUAAGUUGGGUGAAUUUUGGCCCAUUCCUCCUGACAGAGCUGGUGUAACUGAGUCAGGUUUGUAGGCCUCCUUGCUCGCACACGCUUUUUCAGUUCUGCCCACACAUUUUCUAUAGGAUUAAGGUCAGGGCUUUGUGAUGGCCACUUGAAUAUCUUGACUUUGUUGUCCUUAAGCCAUUUUGCCACAACUUUGGAAGUAUGCUUGGGGUCAUUGUCCAUUUGAAAGACCCAUUUGCGACCAAGCUUCAACUUCCUGACUGAUGUCUUGAGAUGUUGCUUCAAUAUAUCCACAUAAUUUUCCUUCCUCAUGAUGCCAUCUAUUUUGUGAAGUGCACCAUUUUCUUCCUGCAGCAAAGCACCCCCACAGCAUGAUGCUGCCACCCCCGUGCUUCACGGUUGGGAUGGUGUUCUUCGGCUUGCAAGCGUUCCCCUUUUUCAUCCAAACAUAUCGAUGGUCAUUAUGGCCAAACAGUUCUAUUUUUGUUUAAUCAAACAAGAGGACAUUUCUCCAAAAAGUACGAUCUUUGUCCCCAUGUGCAGUUGCAAACCAUAGUCUGUUUUUUUUAUGGCAGUUUUGGAGCAGUGGCUUCUUCCUUGCUGAGCGGCCUUUCAGGUUAUGUCGAUAUAUGACUCGUUUUACUGUGGAUAUAGACACUUUUGUACCUGUUUCCUCCAGCAUCUUCACAAGGUCCUUUACUGUUGUUCUGGGAUUGAUCUGCACUUUUCGCACCAAAGUACGUUCAUCUCUAGGAGACAUAACUUUUCUCCUUCCUGAGCGGUAUGACGGCUGCGUGGUCCCAUGGUGUUUAUACUUGCGUACUAUUGUUUGUACAGAUGAACGUGGUACCUUCAGGCAUUUGGAAAUUGCUCCCAAGGAUGAAGCAGACUUGUGGAGGUCUACAAUUUUCUUUCUGAGGUCUUGGGUGAUUUGUUUUGAUUUUCCCAUGAUGUCAAGCAAAGAGGCACUGCGUUUGAAGGUAGGCCUUGAAAUACAUCCACAGGUACACUUCCAAUUGACUCAAAUGAUGUCAAUUAGCCUAUCAGAAGUUUCUAAAGCCAUGACAUAAUUUUCUGGAAUUUUCCAAGCUGUUUAAAGGCGCAGUCAACUUAAUGUAUGUAAACUUCUGACCCACUGGAAUUGUGAUACAGUGAAUUAUAAGUGAAAUAAUCUGUCUGUAAACAAUUGUUGGAAAAAUUACUUGUGUCAUGCACAAAGUAGAUGUCCUAAACGACUUGCCAAAACUAUAGUUUGUUAACAAGAAAUGUGUGGAGUGGUUGAAAAACGAGUUUGAAUAACUCCAACCUAAGUGUAUGUAAACUUCCGACUUCAACUGUAUGUGCUAGGAAUAAUCUGUCAUAGAGGUAUAUGGUUUGCAUAAUGGCAGAAUAGAGCUACUUGUAAAGGUCACUGUAACCAGCACGUCUCUCCAAAGUGACUAAACACACUUGUUUGUAGUGUGAUUGGUUCUUUUACCUUGAUGCUACAAGAGGGGAUUUCUCCAGCGGAUUGAAAAACAUGCUCAUCUCAGUAAGGCAAAGACAAGAGACUAGGGAAAUAGGACAUGAUAUACAUAGUAAACUCUGAUUAAAUAAUAAACAGCACCAGCACUGCUUAGGUGAGAACAACACAAGCAACAUUCCAUGUUCUUCUGUUAUAUCUGUGUUGGUAACCAAGGUCUUUCCAUUCCUUCAAUUCCUUUGCCCCCCUUGGUAGACCCUGAGUUUGACCUGCACAGUGUGCGGUGACCCCAAACCUCAAGUCAACUGGUUCAAAAAUGGUGCAGAGGUGUAUCCCGAUGACCAGUACUUGGUGUCCCUCGAGUCCGGAAAGUUCGCCAGUCUCACCAUCAAAGGUGUGUCCCUGGAAGACUCUGGCAGGUACACCAUGACGGUGCAGAACAAAUAUGGAGGAGAGUCUGUGGAUAUCAUUGUAAGCAUCUACAAGCACGGUGAUACGAUUCCUCAGGCCAAACCAACUCUAACACCCAAGUCGAUCAUCCCACCUAAACGUCCUAUUGAGAUCCCAGGCUCCAAGGUUUUCACUCCUGCCUCUUCCCCAGCCCCUGCUCAUGUCUUUUCUCCAGCCGGUGCCAAGUCCCCCACCCCUCCUAGGGGACCCAAGUCCCCCACCCCAGCUCGUGGCAUGAAGUCCCCUACCCCAACAAAGAGAAAGUAA